CUUGGGUUUCUUGUCUACUCCUUUUUUUCUAGAAAUGGUGUGAAGACCAAAAUUUUUAAGAUAAUGGUCUUGUAAGUUAUGUUUGAUGCUUGCACUAGAUGGGGUCCCUCAGUCUUCUCCCAUUGAAUUACCGUGCUAUGGUUUGAAUACAUUUAGCUUUGAUUACAACCGCUUGUUAACUAUUAAACGUGGGCCCUUGACUAAAAGAGGAUACAAAGAGGAGGAGGAAGAAGAACAUCCAUAUAUAGCAGCUUUAUUGUUCAUUUUGGUCCUGGUGGAGUUUCCCUUCCUAUUUGGUAUACUAGGGUACUCAUUCUGGACAUCAUCCAGUGGUAGAAAUAAGGCUUGAAUCAACUCUCUCCCAAGGAUGACCAGCAGUGUGUAAGUUCAUCCUUCUGCUCUCUUUGCAUCCUUUUGGUGUUUUUCUAGGCUUCAAUAUAUAUGACCUGAGUUUUUGCUGUGGUUUCCAAGGCAUGUCUGACCGUGAUUUUGGGGAGCUUGUAUGGGAGAAUGGUCAGAUUCUUACAAGAGUUCUGUCCAGUACUGGAUCUCAUGAGAAUCACAGAUGGUCCAGUUUUUCUUUACAUGAUUCUAAGGCUCAAGUGGAAGUAGGAUGGGACACCUCCAUGGUAAAGAGAGGAAGGUUAUUGGACAAGGAAUUUCCUGGACAUACCAAGAUGGAUCCCCAUCCCAACUAUACCCGUCAGGAUUCUCUUAAAAAGGACUGCCAUACUGAACUACUGGCCAAAUUCUCAGGUUCCAUUCUAAACGAUGAGGUUGCCUACACCAUUAGUGGUCAUGAUGAACAACUUGUUCCUUCAGCUGACAAUCAGAAUUUUAAACAAGGCAAUGCAUGUAACCUUUUCAGUGGAGAACCUCAGCUUACUAGACCCAAAGGUGGCCAAAUAUGUGAGUCUUCUUUGCAACAAGGGCAAGCUUCAUCUCCAUAUAUAAGAUCAAGGGACGGUUCAAGUAAGAUCCCAGUAUCAACCAGUGGAUUGUCUAACUCGAUGAUGCGGCAGCCAGAGCAGGAGCAGGAUGCUGACCCCGAUAACAGAAUGGGUUCGAUGAACUUCUCCUAUUUCUUAAAACUUGCAGCUCUCGAUAAAGCCAAGGCUCAGAACAUUGAUGCUGCAAGAGCCACAACCAGCCCAGGCUUGUCAAGACUUACGGAGUCGAAAAGUGACUAUGCUAAUGGCACCAACCCCUUCAGAUUGAGGCCAAUUGGGCCCCCAACCGGUUCAGUGACCCCCAAACUGUUGCCACAACCAGUUGCUUCGUCUUUAAGGGAACCACUCUCUAAUGGGCAUUGUAAAGCAGUUGGUCAUGAAGUUGCCUUUGGGAAUACUGCAUCCGCUAAUCAGAUUCCUAAGCCCAACUCAAGCUUCGCAGCAAGCAUAGUCAAGGGAAAGAAGGGAAAGCCUUACGCUGAAAAAUCUGUAGAACCAUUGCUUGCAUCUUCGUCUACAUGCUCACGUGAAGCUUCAAAUUAUCCAUCCUAUUCUUUGAAGAGCAAAUGCCAAGAGUCUGAGGAAUCAGAACAUCCAAGUCAAAGUUUUGAAGAAGAACCCAGAAGGGCAGAAGGAGCAAUGUCUACUCGAGGAGGAAGUGCAGGCUCCAAGAGAAACCGUAGUGCAGAAGGUCACAGCCUAUCUGAAAAGAGGCGAAGAGAUAGGAUCAACAAGAAGAUGCGCUCGUUACAGGAACUCAUACCCAAUUGCAAAAAGGUGGACAAGAUUUCGAUACUGGAUGAAGCCAUUGAUUAUCUGAAGACACUUCAGCUUCAAGUGCAGGUCAUGUCAAUGGGAGCUGGGAUGUGUAUGGCUCCAGUGAUGAUACCUGCUGUAUUGCAACAGAUUCAAGCAGCACAUUUGCCUCAUUUCUCUCCCAUGGGUAUGGGAAUGGGCAUUAGAAUGGGCAUGGGCAUGGGUAUGGGCAUGGGAUUGGGAUUGGGAUUGGGAUUGGGCUGCAACCCAGAACAGUUCCCAAGUCCACCUAUUUUGGGAGCCGCUGCUUUGUCUGGAAUAGCAGGAACUGCACCUCAGAUGCUUGGGCACCCAGGUCAAGUGCUUCCCAUGUCAUUAUCAAGUGCACCCUUCAUUCCUUUACAUGCAGGGUCAUUGACACAGUCAGUUCUAGUGCCCAGUGUCCCCAAGGAUAUCCACCCAGUAGGGCAUCCGGGUUCUUCUCCAUCUUCGAAUUGAAAAGGCUCAGCUCAGAACACGGAUGUAGAAUGCUCAAAGAGCCAAAGACCAUCUCAGGUUUGUGCAUUCAUUGAGGAGUCAUUCUCUCUAAGGAAACGGAAUUUCCCAGCUUGAUUCUGAGGCUGGAAACUGAUGUUUUCCUUUCCAUUCUAGCUGUUUCAGGAAACAAUGAAAGAUGGUUCCAAACGAACAGCUUUUGACAAGGAGAUAAUCAAAGCUCAAUGCUGUCAUUGGCAUUAGAACUUGAUAUUGAGAUCCCAUUAGCUCCAUGUUGAAUGGUUUUUGGAGAAGGAACAGAAGGUGACUUCCAGCCCAGAACCUAUUUGCACAAAAAAUAAAUGGAUGAUUCAAGGAUGUGGUUACCACUGGCCUUCAAGAUAAACCUUGUACAGGUUGGCAGCAUAAGGGGAUACUUUUACAAUAACCAUUUUGCACACAAAUACCAGGGUGACCAAUACAUGCCAAUACAGCUAACAACGGCAGAGAUGUUUAUAGAUUGGAAGUGGUAAACAUCUCUACUUGAAAGCACAGAUUGAAACUUGGAUCUUCGCCUUUGAGGCCAUUUCCAGAGGAAUGCAAGCAUCUAUGGAAGUAACAGAGAUCUUUCUUGCCAAAACAGGAGUUCCUAUAUAUAUAUAUAUUUUUUUUGGGAAUAGCAUUUUGAUUUUUUCUUGAAGAACUGCUUCAGAGUAUGCGUUUCCUUUCCCUCUCUGGUUAUUGUCUGCCUUUGUAUGUAACAUUUGAUUGCAGAACUCUUGCAGUUAGUUUGAAAGUUGAUUAUCAGAUGAACUACAUUCUAGUGUUAGAAUUUCAGUGACUUCAUAUUUUGGAGCCAUGAAUUCACUGAUGUUUUAACAAGCCAGUUCUGUACAUUUUCUGGUCAAGAUAGACAAAUUUCUAUGGCUCCCCCUAGACCUCAA